AUGGCAGAUUCAAUCCCCGUCAAUCCAUGCCUCACUGCGCGAUGCCCUCUUGGACUGAAAUGUGUCUCGGGCUAUGGAAUUACAACUUGUGUUCCAGACUCCUCCUAA